AGUGCUUUGAAUCCUUCUUCCAUUACCCAGAUCGAAAUUGAUGGGUUUGAGAAGUGAAUCAGAAUCUGGAAGUGACUGGCUUUGUAUUAAUUGAUGAACAAGGUGUGAUUGUUGCAGAUUUGUUGAUGCAAGUGGAGAGUUUGUAGCUGAAUUAUAUAUAAAGAAGAUGAAGAAGUUGUUGGAUUUUGGAAGAAGAGCCCUUUUCUAUAUCAGGGUUCUUUCGGGUUACGAAGAACGGAAAAUCCGAAAUCAUCGAUUACAACUUGAGCAGCGUCUCCGUCAGGCACAAGAAAGAAAGGAAGCCUUGAGAAAGAUCCCUGAGCAGUUCAUAUUAUCAGAGGUUCGUCGUAUGGUUGAGGAAAUGCAAAAUUUGAACAAGAAGAUAGAUGAAAUUGAGGCCACAUUUGAUGAUUACUUUAAGCCGAUCAAUAAGCAAGCUGAGAUUAUAAUGAAGACACAACUUGAAGGAGAGGAGAAUUCAAUGAAGGAUAUGAUGAAGGCUAUGCAAACACGGGCUUUGCUUGAGAAAUAUGAAGCAGAAAGAAAAGCAAAUGUGAAUGAUGCAGAUGCAGAAAGAAAAGCAAAUGUGAAUGAUGCAGAUGCAAGUCAAAGUAACCAGGAGACGGAACCCACCACCAAGCAGCACGCACAGAUAAGAUGACUAGAUCUGGUUUUUGUAAAUGCGUCUCUCUCCUUCCUUUGGUGAUAAUUUUUGGAUGUGCUCAUGAGUUUUGAUACAAUCACGUAAACCAACGUAAACCACCCUGACAGUCUGAAUAAUUGAGCCAGCAUUUUAUGACUUCUAGUUAUCCUUACUGUACUUGGAAUACAUAGCAAUGAUAGGUGUUGCUACAAGAAUGAUUGUUGUGAUUGAUUUGCGUCUUGGGACAAAGGAUUGCGCUACAAAUGAUUGCAAUGUGAUGAAUAUUAUUAGUUAUGGACAAA